AAAUGACCCUUUCAAAAAGAAAAUGGCUUGCUUUGAAAAUAUCCGUCCGAGGUCGGUUGUCUCGGAAAUUCCAAGGAGAGGAAGCUGCGAAGACGAACACGUCCCUGCGAUCGGUGCUGCCUCUACGACAAGAAUCCCACCCCUUCUCCCCCACCUCAAACCAUAAAACCAGAGAAAGAGACCUUUUUUUUUUGGAUAGAAUCCCGUCCUGAAGUAGUAAUCGGUGUUUCUUCAAUCGGUUCUCUUUAAAAUCCGUUUUGUUAAGGGGAAAUUCGCUAUCUAGACGCUGUUUUUUCUUGGAUCUUUGAGUUAUCCGGGAAAGAAUGCUUCUUUAAUGUGGUUUUCAGUCUAGUUUGUAGGCUAAAGAUUGAAAUUUUAUGACUGGGGUUUCUUUAUUGGAGUUCUAGACCUGUCAGUCUGGAUUUUGCUCCGUAACGAGCUUUUAGCGUUCGAUUUAACUUCUGUGUUUUUUUCUUUUCUGUGGGAGGUUAAUAGGGUUUUGGGCUCUGGGGAAGAAUGAGAGGAAAGUUAUGGUUUUCGGUCUGGGUUCUGUUUCUUUGGGGCUCGUCUUUUGGGAGAUUUGUGGUGGAGAAAAAUAGCUUGAAGGUGACUUCACCUGAAUCGCUGAAAGGUACGCAUGAGUGUGCUAUCGGGAAUUUUGGUGUUCCUCAGUAUGGUGGGACGAUGGUCGGGAUCGUUUCCUAUCCGAAGGCGAAUAGGAAAGCUUGCAAGAGUUUUGAUGAUUUUGACAUCUCCUUCAAAUCAAAGCCUGGAGGGUUCCCCACUUUUCUUCUUCUGGACAGAGGAGAUUGCUACUUUACAGAAAAGGCAUGGAAUGCACAGAAUGCAGGAGCUGCUGCGAUCCUUGUUGCCGAUGAUAAGGUCGAAAAUUUAAUAACAAUGGACACACCUGAACAAUAUAGUGGUGGUGAAUCUUACCUCCAGAACAUCACAAUUCCUUCAGCACUUAUUAGCAAAAGCUUUGGUGAUGACCUAAAGAAAGCGCUAGAGAAUGGUGAUAUGGUUAAUGUCAAUUUAGAUUGGAGGGAAUCUCUACCCCAUCCUGAUGAGCGUGUGGAGUAUGAGUUUUGGACCAACAGUAAUGAUGAAUGUGGUCCCAAAUGUGAUAGUCAAAUUGAAUUUGUAAAGGGCUUCAAAGGAGCAGCACAAGUAAUGGAGAAAAAGGGCUAUACCCAGUUCACUCCACACUACAUUACUUGGUAUUGUCCUGAACCUUUUAUCCCGAGCAAACAAUGCAAAUCACAGUGCAUCAACAAUGGCAGAUAUUGUGCCCCCGAUCCAGAGCAGGACUUCACCAGAGGUUAUGAGGGGAGAGAUGUCGUUAUCCAAAACCUGCACCAGGUCUGCGUAUUUAAGGUUGCUAAUGAAAGUGGGAAGCCUUGGCUGUGGUGGGACUAUGUGACUGACUUCUCAAUCAGGUGCCCAAUGAAGGAAAAGAAAUACACAAAGGAAUGUGCUAAAGAAGUAAUCCAAUCUCUGGGCAUUGAUCUUGAGAAGAUAAAUAAAUGUGUUGGAGAUCCUGAUGCAAAUGAAGAAAAUCCAGUGCUUAAAGCUGAACAAGAUGCCCAGAUCGGGAAAGAUUCCCGUGGGGAUGUCACCAUAUUGCCAACUCUUGUCAUUAACAAUAGACAAUACAGAGGUAAGCUGGACAAGGGUGCUGUGCUUAAAGCAAUCUGUGCAGGUUUUCAAGAGACAACUGAGCCAGCUGUUUGUUUGAGUGAAGAGAUAGAAACAAAUGAGUGCUUGGAAAACAAUGGUGGAUGCUGGGAAGAUGAGGCUGCAAAUAUCACUGCUUGCAGGGAUACAUUUCGUGGAAGAGUAUGUGAGUGCCCUAUCGUGCAAGGUGUAAAGUUUGUUGGUGAUGGAUACACCCACUGUAAAGCUUCAGGAUCUGGACGGUGUGAAAUCAACAAUGGAGGCUGUUGGAAGAAAACCAAAGAUGGCAAGACAUACUCUGCCUGUGUAGAUGAUGGAUGCAAAUGCCCACCCGGCUUCAAGGGUGAUGGGGUCAAGACUUGUGAAGAUGUUGAUGAAUGCAAAGAAAAGAUUGCUUGUCAAUGUUCCGCUUGCAAAUGCAAGAACACAUGGGGAGGUUACGAUUGCAGCUGUAGCGGUGAUCUGUUGUACAUGCAAGAGCAUGACGCAUGCAUAAGUAAAAAGGCAACCACAGAGGUUGGCUGGAGCUUUUUGUGGGUCAUUUUCUUUGGUCUGGCAGUAGCUGGAAUAGGAGCCUAUGUGGUCUACAAGUACAGAAUCCGGAGCUACAUGGAUUCAGAGAUACGUGCCAUCAUGGCUCAGUAUAUGCCAUUGGACAAUCAAGGGGAGGCCGCCAAUCAUGUUCUUCAUGGGGACAUCUGAGUUGCAACAGCUGCUUAUGGCAAGAAGGAAAAGGAGAGCAAACAAAUCCUUGCCUGCCCCCUUGUUUCAUUGGAUUAUAUUUUGUACAAGUGGGGCUAGGUUUCCCUCAUGUUGGUACUGUCGCUACGCCCUUGAUUGCGGGGAUUCUAGGCAGAUCUCGUGGAAAUUUUGAAGUCUCUUUACGCCACCAUUUUAAUCUUUAAACAGGCCUGUAAUGCGCUUUUGUUAUUGUAGCUUUUGCUUUUACACCACAGCUCUACUUGAUGAAUAAUGUGAAUUCCCUUGACAUUAGACUGUUAGACCCGGCAAAUUUGAAUCUCAUAACGUUACCAGUGGGUGUUAUGGUUUUUCAGGU